GAUAUGGAGAAAGAAUGAAAACUUGCAUGGCUGUUCUUUCGAAUUUCCUUUUCAAGGGGAUCCUAUUUCUUGAAGCUCAGCUUUGCUCAUAUGAGAGCCAAUGUUUCCGUCUCUGGUUCUCAUUCAUUUUACUCCUUUCCCGUUGCAAAUCCCAAUCUUGUUCCUUCUCCUGUGACCUAAAAAAUCUGUUCCCAGGAGGAAGACCCCGUUUGUUUGUUUUCUCUGCCCUUGAGGAGAAAUGGGAAAUGCUGAAUCUUUAGUUUCUCAAUCUCCAUGCGAGGGCUCCGGCGAUGCAGCUGAAGAAAAUGAAGAUGCUAGAAUGAUUGAAAUUGAACCUAAACUACUUUUUUGCAAUUCCAUAUCUCUCACUGUUGAAGAGAUGCAAUGCCUAAAACUAGAGGAGAACCAUACAGAAGAAGGCCUUAUUAAAGAAACCGAGGAGGAGGUCUUAAACUUGACAAAAGAAGAUGUCGAAGAGGUUGACAAGCCAGCUUUAGAAACUCUUGAAGAGGAGGAUAAUGAGGCGGAGUUUGCAAAGGAGGAGAUGACAGAAAAUCUUUUGAGUGAAGCCGAAAGAACAAGUUCAAAUAACGGAUUUUUGAAUGGUGUUCUUACUAACUCUGAUGGGAAAACACAUUCCCAGUGGUAUGAGUUUUUUAGGAAACUAAAAAAAGGACCAGGAGUGAGUUUGCAAACCUUCCAUCCCUCUCUCUACUCUUUUAGGAAGCAUUCCAAGAAAAGAAGUAGGAAAAACAUGGUACUACCUCAAAUUGAUGCUGAUGUAGUUCCUCAUUUCUUGGAGACAUCGUGGAAGGUCUUCUCCUUAUCAGAACUUGAGAAAGCGACAUACAACUUUAACCCUGAACAUUUGAUUGGGAAGGGAGGUUAUUCUGAAGUUUACAAAGGACACUUGGAAGAUGGGAGGCCAGUGGCAGUUAAAAGGCUGAUGAGGGGAAACCCUGAGGAAAUGACAUCAGACUACUUAUCAGAGCUUGGAAUUUUGGUACAUGUCAAUCAUCCCAACGUUGCUAAUAUUAUUGGGUAUGGAGUUGAAGGGGGAAUGUACCUUGUACUUCCUUUGUCUCCUCAUGGGAGCUUAGCAACUCUUCUUGAUGGUAGGGAUCAAAAGGAGAAACUAUCUUGGUGCCUUAGAUAUAAUAUCGCUUUAGGGACUGCCUCUGGCCUUGCGUAUCUUCAUGAGGAGUGUCAUAGAAGAAUUAUACAUAGAGACAUUAAGGCAUCUAAUGUUUUGCUCUCGGAGGACUUUCAACCUCAGUCCAUUGUAGAUAUCUGAUUUCGGGCUUGCAAAAUGGCUCCCAGAUAAGUGGAGUCACCUCACUGUAUCUCAGUUUGAAGGCACAUUUGGAUACCUCCCUCCAGAGUUCUUUGUGCAUGGAGUUGUUGAUGAAAAAACUGAUGUAUAUGCUUUUGGAGUAUUGCUGCUGGAGAUUAUUUCUGGUCGCCCUGCUCUUGACCAAUCUAAUAACAGUGUGGUGAUGUGGGCUAAACCGCUGCUACUGAAGAAAAGUUUUGGGGAGUUGGCUGAUCCAGCCCUAGAAGGUUCUUAUGACUUGGAGCAGAUGAAGGACAUGGCUAUGGUAGCUUCUUUGUGCUUACAACAGUCUUCCGCAGACCGGCCUCCAAUGAGCAAGGUUGAAAAAAUGCUAAAAGGUGAGGAGAGCAUUUCACAUGACAUCAAGAAGUUGCAAAACCGGCUAAGUCUCAAGACACAUCGUCCCAUUGAGCUGAUCAAAGAAACAAUUCUCAACACACCAAAGAGUUCAAAUGAUUCACCUAAAAGCCUGAACAGUACACCUAAGAUUUUAUGUGAUGAUACGAAAGUCAGAAACGAGAUUCCAAUGGAACAAUGACAACCCUUGAAGAUGAACACAUUUCUCAUGUCUCCGACCUUCAUUCAACUUUAACUUGAAUAAGGAAAUUUCAAUAUCCAAAUGGGAAAGGGUAUCAACAUGAUUAUGCAUGGUAAGAUGUUUGGAGGUUUUACAAUGUAAAUGCUUUGUAUAUAUAAUAAUUAAAUGAGCUAUUGUGUUCAUAGAAGAGAUUACAAACUGAAGCCUUAUGGGUGUGUCUGUAUAUCUAGCUAACUGUUGAUUGUUUAGUUAGGAAUCGGAUUAGGUAUCGUCCGGACUAAGUUUGUACACUGUAGAAGACAAAAUGUUACAGUGGACUAAACUUGGAUUAUUAAUUAAUUUAAUAGCUGAUUCAACCA